AGGAGGGCUGAGAAAAAUAGGUGCCCUGCUUUCUCACUGAGUUGCAGUCCACUGAAACCCACAUCUCUUCUGUUUACUCAGGGAGGGAGACCGGAGGCAAAAUGAGAAUUCGUGGGUUUAUGUAUAUGAGGGGAUACUUGGUUCAGGAGUUGAAAGUAUUGGAUUCUCUGUCUAAACCCAGUUCUCUUCUCAAUCGGCAUAGCUCGAGAUGGUCUGUGGUUUCAAAUAUGAAGAAUGCUUCGCUCUCCACCCUCCGCUUUUAUUCCACUGAUGGAUGGUUUGAAGACACUAUUGGAUGAAUGCCGUGAGGACAAAGCGAUGUGUGACAUGGUAGCUGAGGAAUUGAGCGAGGCUUUAGUCGAGGAAAAAAGGCUGCAGCAUCUCCUAUUGAAUUCGUUGCUUCCUAAGGAUGAUGCUGAUGAAAGGGACUGCAUUUUGGAGGUGAGAGCAGGGACUGGAGGGGAAGAGGCCUCCUUAUUUGCAAUGGACAUUUUCAAAAUGUAUGAAAGGUACUCGCAAAAGAAAGGUUGGAGAUUUGAAGUUGUUGACAUUAUGGAAUCUGAUCUUAAAGGUUAUAAGGAGGCUAGUGGUUCAAUUUCAGGAGCUGGGGUAUAUGGGAAACUUAAAUUUGAAAGUGGCAUUCAUAGGGUGCAGCGAGUUCCGAUGACAGAAAAAUCUGGACGUGUUCACACCAGUGCUGUUUCAGUUGCAAUCCUCCCUCAGGCAGAUGAGGUAGAUGUUCAGUUACGGAACGAAGAUUUGAAAAUUGAUACUUACAGAUCUGGUGGGUCAGGUGGUCAGCAUGCAAAUACCACUAAUAGUGCUGUUAGGAUGACUCAUAUUCCUUCAGGGUUGACUGUAUCAAUACAAGACGAACGAUCCCAACAUAUGAAUAAGGCCAAAGCACUUAAAGUACUCUGUGCAAAGCUAUAUGAGAUGGAGAGGUCUAGAUUACACACAACCCGAUCAAAACUUCGUUCAGAGCAGAUUGGAAGUGGUGAUAGAUCAGAACGCAUUCGUACGUACAAUUUUCCCCAGGGACGUGUGACUGAUCAUCGUGUUGGUAUCACUUAUCAUUCGAUAAUCGAUAUGAUGCAGGGUGAGAGCCUAGAUGUCUUUAUCGAUGCUCUUCUUUUACAGCAGGAGAUGGAUGCAAUUGCAUCUUUUAGCUCCCUCAAGUGACAUUAUUCAAGGCUCCAGUAGUCCAAAAAAAAUCACUUUGUUUUAAAUUAUGGAAUAAUUGUUUUUGAAGUGAUCAAUUUAGAGUUUCUCAUGCACUCAUUCUUUCAUUUAAGUAACAGCAUACAGAUAAAGAGAAUUUUAACGUAGCAGUGUGCACCAUAUGGAGUGUUGUUCCCGACGUUCGAUAUAUUGAAUGUUAGGGCAGGACAGUGGAUAGAGUUGGGGGUCGCAUUUUGGAUGGGUUGGAUGUCAUCGAACCCCAACCCAUUUGCAAAGAUUUAAAUGUUCUACCAAGGAUCUCCAGAUUCAACA